ACCCGGCCCUGAGGGAGUGAGUGCUCGCUCUCCUGGCUACCGUCCCCAAGCCGGUGCACGCGCCACCUUGGUACGGGAAGAGGGAGACCCGAGCCCGGGACCUCUUUAUCAAGCCGAGGUCUUCAAGUCGCGCUAAGAUGCCCGUGCUUCUCUACCAGCGCCAGACCGCCACGGUCCCCCGCCAACUCCCUCCACAGAGGUGUCACCUUCUCUCAGCACCCCCGCGCCUUCCUAGGCAAGAUGGCGGCGAGCGCACUUCCGGUGCGUGUCCGUAUUGCGUCCGGACGGCUGUGGCGGGGCCCUUUCUGUGCGUUCCGCGCUCUGGGCUGCACGGAGCCCAGCGGCGAUGGCGGGCAGGCGGUCUGGUUGGAAGAGCCCGGCGGCUGUUUUCCAGCUCCUUCUUGGCAUAAACCUGAUGGUGAUACCAUCUACCCAGGACCGGAGUCUGCGCUUCGUUACCUUGCUGUACCGACAUGGAGAUCGCUCACCAGUGAAAACAUAUCCCAAGGACCCCUAUCCAGAAGAAAAAUGGCCCCAGGGGUUUGGUCAACUAACCAAGGAGGGGAUGCUACAGCACUGGGAGCUGGGCCAAGCUCUUCGGCAGCGCUACAAUGGCUUUCUGAACACUUCUUACCACCGACAAGAGGUCUAUGUGCGAAGCACAGACUUUGAUCGUACCCUCAUGAGUGCUGAGGCCAACUUGGCUGGACUCUUCCCUCCCAAUGGGAUACAACGCUUCAACCCUAACAUUUCAUGGCAGCCUAUCCCUGUCCACACUGUGCCUGUAACUGAGGACAGAUUGCUGAAGUUCCCAUUGGGCCCAUGUCCUCGUUAUGAGCAGCUGCAGAAUGAGACUCGGCAGACACCGGAGUAUCAGAACAAGAGUAUUCAGAACAUGCAAUUUCUGGACAUGGUGGCCAAUGAGACAGGGCUUACAGACCUGACCCUGGAGACCAUCUGGAAUGUCUAUGACACACUCUUCUGUGAGCAAACCCACGGCUUUUCCCUGCCGUCCUGGGCCUCACCUCAAACCAUGCAGCAUCUGAGCCAGCUCAAAGACUUCAGUUUCCGCUUCCUCUUCGGGAUCCACGAGCAAACAGUGAAGGCCCGACUUCAGGGGGGAGUCUUGCUGGCUCAGAUACGGAAAAACCUGACCCUAAUGGCCACCACUUCCCAACUCCCUAAGCUGCUGGUGUACUCUGCGCACGACACUACCCUGGUUGCUCUGCAAAUGGCAUUGGAUGUCUACAAUGGUAAACAAGCCCCCUAUGCUUCCUGCCACAUAUUUGAACUGUACCAGGAAGAUGACAGGAAUUUCUCCGUGGAGAUGUACUUUCGGAAUGAAAGCAAGAAGGACCCGUGGCCGCUGAUCCUACCUGGGUGCUCUCACCGCUGCCCACUGCAGGACUUCCUUCGCCUCACAGAGCCUGUUGUAACCAAGGAUUGGCAGCAGGAGUGCCAGCUAGCAAACGAUUCUGCAGACACAGAGGUUAUCGUGGCCUUGGCUGUCUGUGGCUCCAUCCUCUUCCUUCUCAUAGUGCUGCUCCUCACUGUCCUCUUCCGGAUGCAGGCCCAGCCUCCUGGCUACCACCACGUCGCAGACAGGGAAGACCAUGCCUGACAACCACUCAGCCCCCUUCCCUCUACCUCCUAGGGGAGAUGGGCUGGGCCCUUUCUCCUGACUGUUGCUGCUCCCCAGCUCAUGGACAGGAGAACCUGGGUUGAGCCUCCCUGACUACCCCAGCCCAGAUGAGUGGGGCUUGGUUUGGCCCAUGGCACCUGUCAUUCUGCACUCACAUGCCUGAUGUUUGUCAAGUACUGUGUUGGACACUGGCUUUCUCUAAACAGGAUUGCCUCUUCUAUACUCCCUAAGGACUUGAGAUAUGGACAAGUGUUCUGGUUUCAAUCAGGACCUAGGAUAAAAAACUGAAGGAGCCAGUGCUUGAUCUGCCUUGCUCUUCAACUAAUCCCUGCCCUGUCUCUUCCAGCCUGGAGUCUGGCAAAGGACUCAGAGGACUCUGUCUUGCCAAUCAGCACUUACUUAAGAGGGAUAGAAUGCACACCACUGCGGGCACAAUAUUGCCUACCAAAGGCCCAGAUCACCCAACAACCAGCCAGCCAAGUUUCCCUUUGUUUGGCUGAAGCACUAUUGGCACCCAGGCACUGUUGUUAUCCCUUGCUUGAGCAGGUGGCUCAAGCAAAUUGGAUAUUUGUGUUGUAUUGGGGUGAAGGGAAGAAGUGAAUAAUGUAGUUGUCAGCUGGGCUGGACUCUUCAGGGACCUGAGGUAAAUGGAGGAGAACUGGACAACUCUUGACUGUGGCCCAGAAUAGGGCUGAGGCAGCUCCAAGAAUGAAGUUUUAGACUGUGA